ACUGGGUGGACAGUGAAAAAGGAAAAACAAAAAACGAAACACAAAUAACGUGGUAGCGAUAGCGAGGGCAUUCGAUCGAUCGAUCCUUCAGCUUUCCUGCAUCUUGCGACGAGUCCCACAAAUUAUCGACAAAGCUUGCAAUUGACGAGGUUUCUUUCUGAAUCUUUCUGCUAGUUGAUGCUGAGCAAGUGAUACAGAAUUAACUGAGUCAACAGUGUAACUUACACACAUGGCAGCACAUGUGUCUGGAGAGUUGCCACAUCAUGGAGCAUCUGAUGAAAACCCUUGUAAAGGUUCUUUAGACAAGCAACAGGAAGCCCUGGGUCACUGGUAUAUGUCUCGAAAAGACAUGGAAGAAAAUGCCCCAUCAAGAAAGGAUGGAAUUGACCUGAAGAAAGAGACAUAUCUGCGCAAGUCAUAUUGCACAUUCUUACAAGAUUUAGGCAUGCGACUUAAAGUGCCUCAAGUAACUAUAGCAACGGCCGUAAUAUUCUGUCAUCGUUUCUUUCUUAGACAAUCUCAUGCAAAGAACGACAGAAGGACAAUUGCCACAGUUUGCAUGUUUUUGGCUGGAAAGGUUGAGGAGACUCCUCGUCCUCUUAAGGAUGUUAUUAUCAUUUCUUAUGAGAUGAUUCACAAGAAGGACCCGGAAGCUGCACACAGGAUAAAACAGAAGGAAGUAUAUGAGCAGCAGAAAGAAUUAAUUUUACUUGGAGAGAGGGUUGUACUUGCCACUUUAGGUUUUGACUUGAAUGUCCAACAUCCAUACAAGCCCCUUGUCGAGGCCAUAAAGAAGUUCAAUGUUGCAAAGAAUGCCCUUGCACAAGUUGCGUGGAAUUUUGUUAAUGAUGGGCUGAGGACAUCACUCUGCCUGCAAUUUAAGCCACAUCAUAUUGCGGCAGGUGCCAUUUUCCUUGCUGCCAAGUUCCUGAAAGUGAAGCUUCCGUCAGAUGGUGAGAAGGUUUGGUGGCAGGAGUUUGAUGUCACCCCACGCCAAUUGGAGGAAGUUAGCAAUCAAAUGUUGGAACUCUAUGAGCAGAAUAGAAUUCCACAAUCACAAGGAAAUGAAACAGAAGGGGCUACUGCAGGAGGGGUGAGAGCUUCCUCAAAGGCUCCUGCGACGAGUGAGGAGCCGGUCUCAAAACAAAUUGCAUCUCAUUCAGCUCCUCAACGCACAUCUGUGGAAAAUAAUGCAGCACCACUUGCAGGAACAGAAAACCAAAGCAAUGAUGGUAGUGCAGAAAUGGGUAGUGACAUUACUGAUCACAAGAUGGACUUGGAAACCAGGGAUUCUCAGACCUCAGAAAAGUUGCCCGAUAAAGAUAACCAGAGAGAAGUGGCUAAUAGAUCUAUCUCUGGAGCUGAACGAGUAGUUUCUGGAGACCAAGAUAAAAUGGUUAGUACAGAGGAUGCUGCAGAAUUAGGAAGGAGUGAAGAUACAUCAUACAAGUCUAGCUUUAAUGUUGGUCGAAAUCUGGAGCUUCGGGAAGGCCCACUUUCACCCAAAGAAGCAAUCAAGAUGAUUGACAAAGACAAGGUAAAGGCCGCUUUAGAAAAAAGGAGAAAGGAACGAGGUGAAAUGACAAUAAAGGAAGAUGUAAUGGAUGAGGAUGCUCUUAUUGAGAGGGAGCUUGAAAAUGGAGUUGAAAUGACAAAGAAGGUGAUUGACAAAGACAAGGUAAAGGCUGCGUUAGAAAAAAUGAAAAAGGUACGCGGUGAAAUGACAAUAAAGAAAGAUGUAAUGGAUGAGGAUGAUCUCAUUGAGAAAGAGCUUGAAGAUGGAGUUGAGCUAGCAGUCGAGAAUGGGAAAAAUAAGCGUGAGAGAAGUCAGAGCUGGUCUAAGCCUGAUGGUGAAGAUCACAGUGAGGAUCUUGAGGAAACUAGAGAGGGGAGUCAGAUGGGCUUGAAAGGGAAAUCACAGAAAGACAGGAAUGGAUGCAAUGCAGAAGAAGGGGAGAUGAUAGACGAUGCUUCAUCCAUGUUGAACAAUCGCAAGAGAAAAAUGAGUAGCCCUCCAGCCAGUCAACCAGAGUUGAAGAAACGUCUUGAUUCUAGUUAUUACAACGAUCUUUCUGAAUAAGGAAAUGUGAAGGGUUAUACAGACAGGGAAGGUGAAUAUUCUACUGUCUAUUUGCUUAUUGUGAUAAGGAAUUGAUAACUCUGGAUGCUCUUGUUUACCUCAGACAUUUCUUAAUUAUGGAUUGGGAUGCCUCAAUUUUGGUAGUGCAAUUAAUAGCUCAUGCUUUCUUUGGGGGGAUGUUUUGAGAAUUUCAUGCUGUUGUCCAGGGUGUGCCUCAAUUUUGGUAGUAAUGCAAUUUCAUAGCUUACCUUGUUAAUGAAUUUUCACUCGGAAUUAGAAUGGGAUUGGUAGUAA